UAUUCAAAACCUACCCUAGCGGUCUGGUUCCGGUUCCGGUUCUAUCCUUUCCAACCGGUUCCGGUUGUAUUCUGUACUCAUGGACGCCCCUCUCUCUCACGGCGCUGCCUCCGUAGUUACCCCCUUGACGGCUCAACCUCCACUCCACCGCCGUUGCUGCUCGCCGAUCCCCUCCAUCUCCGCCACUCGUGCUGUCCCACGUCAGUCGCGCUGCUUGUCGAGCCCUCCACCUCCGCGAUUCCUGUUCGGUUUGAUUCCAGUCCCACAAUCAUCAGAACAUCUAUUUGGAUCAGAGACAUGCAGGAAGCAAUGGCAAAGCAGGAAAAACCGGAAGGAGAAUUGCGGGCAGCUAAUGAAGGUAGAGAGGAUGAUGUUUUUGAUGAUGAAGAGGAGGAUGAGGUAUCAUGGAGCUCGGAUUCUGAGAUUGGGGAUGCGUUGGACUGGUUGGACUUGAAGGAUGGAACCGGCGCUGAAGCCGCGGAUGGUGCCUUUGCCCCGAGUGCGAGGCGUCCUAAUGCUCACGGAGGCCUCCAGUCUCGUCCCAACGCCUCCACCCUUCAGCCUCUCUCUAAUAGGAGCCAGAAGUUAUCCAAUCACAUCCGUGCUUCUCCGUUGGAGGAGUGGGAAGGAAGGGUGAAUGUUGGCAUGUCGAGCUCCGUGACAGCUUCCAUUCGAGAAAGCGUUAGGAAUUCGGCUAUCGGCAAGACCAGAACUCAUGAUAAAGCCGACCGUGCAACUGUUGAGCUGGCCAUUGAUGACAGGACCCGAAUGGUUCUCUUCAAAAUGCUGAAUCGUGGAGUAUUUCAUGAUAUUAAUGGUUGCAUCUCGACUGGGAAAGAGGCAAAUGUUUAUCACGCAACAAGAUCUGAUGGACAGGAAUUGGCAGUGAAAGUCUACAAAACUUCAGUCUUGAUUUUCAAGGAUCGAGAUCGGUAUGUGCAAGGGGACUAUCGCUUUAGACAUGCAUACAGCAAGCAUAAUCCUCGAAAAAUGGUGAAGACAUGGGCCGAAAAAGAAAUGAGGAAUCUUAUGAGACUAAAGGCAGCUGGAAUCAGAUGUCCCUCUCCACUUCAACUGAGAUUGCAUGUUCUUGUCAUGGAAUUUAUAGGAAAGGCAGGAUGGGCUGCACCUCGUCUUAAGGAUGCUGAUUUAUCCUUAGACAAGUUACGUGAAGGCUAUUUAGAGAUGAUUAUGGCGAUGAGAACAUUGUAUCAAAAGUGCAAGCUGGUUCAUGGAGAUCUGAGUGAAUAUAACAUACUUUAUUUUGAGGACCACCUCUAUAUAAUUGAUGUCUCACAAGCGGUGGAUCUUGAUCAUCCACAUGCUCUUGACUUCCUGCGUGAAGAUUGUCUUCAUGUUUCUGAUUUCUUCAGGAAACAUGGGGUUGCUGUCAUGACUAUUAGAGAGCUUUUCGACUUUAUUGUUGACCCGUCUAUCACUGAUGAUUCCAUCGAUGCUUAUUUGGAAGAGGUCCAACAGAAGAUCCGGUCUAGAGGAGAUGUGGUAUCGACCGAGGAUGAAAUUGCGGACUCUGUUUUCAUACAGUCGUUUAUACCUAAGACGUUAGAGCAAGUGACAAAUGUAGAGGCAGACGUGAUACGACUAACGAGUGGGAAGGACACGGCAGACAUGUACUACCAGACUAUAACAGGACUGAAACAGGCUUUCCGGAGCCAAGAUGACCUAGAAGCUCAACGUGCGCAAGAGAAGACGGACAACCAAGACGGUAAAGGAGAAGCGGAGGAGGAGACUGAAUCGGAGGAUGGGGACGAAGAAGAAUUAGAAUCAGAAGGAAGUGAGGGGACUGAGUUUCAGCAUGUUCCAGCCGUGGUAGAUAAGAAGACAGCCAGGAAGGAGAACAAGAAGAAGGUGAAAGAGGAAAAGAGGGAGGCAAGGAAGAAUAAAGUGCCGAAGGCUGUAAAGAAAAGGCGGGAGAAGUUAGCGAAAUCCCACAAGCGGUAGUCAUAGUUGUUAACUUGCAGCAUUUCGGGCAUCAAUAGUAGUUCCGUUCAGUUUUAUCAUCAUGUGUGAAUCAACAUAGUAGGAAGAGAAUUUUGUUUGUUGUCUGACGUUCGGUCUUUUGAUCUCUUUGUUUCCCUAACUAUGUUUAGGGCACAAAGCCACUACCGAAGCGGUUAAGCUUUGCAUAACGCAAGCUAUAGUAAGAAGUUGACAAGCUGGUCAGUACUUGGGCCUAGAUAUUACAGAUUCAAUUUUGAAAGAAAGUUCUCGGUUCACUUUA